UUGGAGUUUAAAAUUUUAUAAUUAGAUACGAAAAUAUAUUUUGAGAUAAUCUUAAGAAUUUUUUACAUCAAAAUUACUUGUUAUGAUAGAGGGGCACCUUACUUGAAUUGUUUAAGGUUGCAAUCUUAUAGAAGCCACACCCUCAUUAAAAAUAAAAAGAGCAAAAAAAAAUGGAUAGAGGAAAACAUGGAACAUCCAAGGGAAUCUUCGUGAUGAAGGAACGGAAACGUGAACAUUGUCCAACUUGUCACAUAAAACAAAUAGUAUGGGCCCUCUCACUAGGAUCUCCACACAAAAAUAAUGGCCAUUAAAAUAGAUAAAUAAAAAAAACAAGGGGAAAAUACAAAACACAAGAAAAAAGCCCAACUUUUGUUGACUUUCCUCACCUUCCUUGCAUUCUCUCUGUCUCUCUCUCCUUCAUCUUUAGACACUUCAAACAUGUCUCCACUUCCUCUUUGUUUCUCUCAUCGUUUAUAGCCCUUGUCCACAUUUUCUCAGUCAUUUUCUCUCACCUUUAGAGUUUAGACCCCUCGAGCAACACGCUUUGUUCAUACACAAAGCAAAGCAAUUGUUUGAGCAACAAUGGAUUGGCAAUCACUGGGCUCAGUCUUAGCUUCCAUUGUGUUUCUAAGAGAGAUUUUACACAAUUAUCUCCCACCCCAAGUGAGAGAUGCAAUAAACCGCUUGACCAAGAAGCUCUUCACCUUCUUCUUCCACCCCAAUAUCUCCAUAAUUGUUGAGGAAAAUGCAUCAGGCCACACAAAUGAGCCCUAUGAGGCCAUUCAAACCUACCUUGCACCAAAGUGCUAUGCUUCAGCUAAUGUGUUAAAGCUUUGGAAGGGUAAAAACUCUAGGUCCCAUACCUUUUCAAUGGAUUCUCACCAAAAACUCACUGACCUUUAUAAGGGUGUUCCCCUUCAAUGGACCUUUCACUGCACCCAGAAGAAGAGUGGGGACCAACCAUAUUCUCAGACCUAUGAGAAUCGGUACUUCGAGCUCUCGUUCCAUCGGAAGUAUCGCGACAUCGUGAGUAAUUCCUAUAUCCCUUAUGUUAUCACCGAGGCCGAGCAAUUAGCCAUGAAGAACAGAGAAAUGAAGCUGUAUGUCAACAAGAUCAGCGAUCGCUAUAACCGGCUGUGGUCCUCUGUGACUCUGUCUCAUCCUUCUACGCUCCAUACGUUAGCCAUUGAUCCCAAGCUCAAAUCCGAAAUAAAGGAUGAUUUGACGAGGUUUGUUAACAGAAAAGAGUUCUAUAGGGGAGUUGGACGGUCAUGGAAGCGGGGCUAUUUGCUCUACGGGCCUCCGGGUACUGGUAAGACUAGCUUGAUUGCAGCCAUAGCCAAUUUCUUGGACUUUGACAUAUACGAUCUCGAGUUGAGGACUGUGAGGGACAACUCCCAGCUGAGGGAGCUCCUCACUUCCACGAAGAGCAAAUCAAUCAUUGUUGUUGAAGACAUCGACUGUUCUUUGGACCUCACGAAUAGGAGAGUGAUGGAGAAGGAGAAAAGAGAGGAAAAGCCAGGGCAAAGGGAGAAAACCGACGAGGCAGCGUUCACAACGAGCCUGGUGAGCCUCUCGGGUGUUCUCAACUUUGUCGAUGGGCUGUGGUCCUCCUGUGGAGGGGAGAGGAUAAUGAUCUUCACCACUAACCAUAAAGAGAACCUUGAUCCAGCUCUGCUGAGGCCUGGUAGAAUGGACAAGCAUAUACUGUUAUCUUAUUGUGAGUUUGAGGCAUUUAAGAUUUUAGCAAAUAAUUAUUGUGGACUCAGUGGAGAGCACCCACUGAUGAAGGAGGUGGAGGAGGCUUUAAGAGUUGUUCAAGUGACACCAGCUGAGAUUGCAGAGUUGUUCAUGGGCAGUUGUGAUGAUCCUGACUUGGCCAUGGAGACUGUGUUAGAAGACUUGCAAAAGAGACAAGCUAUUAAAAAUGAGAGCCUCAAGUUCAAUUUGGAUUUUGAGAUUUUGAGAUCUUGACUGCCCCCGAAAUUAUGUGAAUCACUUAUGAAUAAUUAUUUAAGUUGCAGUGUCUUUCUCAGUAGGCAACUAAAUCUUGCUUAACUGAGGUACUUAUUUCUUGCCUUUUUUUGUUUUUCCUUCCUUUUGCCUUUGAUGUCUUCUUUUUUUUCUAUCUUUUGGGGAUUAUGCCAUAUGCUUCAUAACUAGAUAAAAGCAAUUAAAU